AUGUCUUCACAUCAAGAAUUUAUCCCUGCUAAUGAAACGUACUCCUCCUCUUUCAACAAGGGGGAUCUUGCCCUACCUCCAAAGAAGCGCCUUAUCGUUGUGACUUGCAUGGACGCCCGCAUUGAACCACUCUCUCAGAUUGGGCUCGAUCUAGGAGAUGCCCAUAUCAUCCGAAAUGCUGGUGGUUCUGCUCGAGAAGCUCUACGAAGCAUCGUAGUCUCGCAACGCCUCCUUGCUACAAACCAAAUUGCCGUCUUCCGUCAUACUGAUUGUGGAAUGCUCACUUUCACCAACGAGCAACUAAGGGAACAAGUGAUAGCAGCUUCCCCAGGAAACGCGGCAAUUGCGGAAGCUGUGAACGCUAUAGAUUUUCUUCCAAUUCCAUCCUUAGAGGAAAAUGUCAAAGCCGACGUCCAAUUUCUGAAAGAAAAUCCUCUUGUUUUCGAAGCAACGACUCUUACAGGUUGGAUCUACGACGUUCAUACCGGCAAGGUGUGUAAAAAUGUUUUCCGAUAG